UUUCCCUGGAGAGGGAGAGGCAGGCGGAACCAUGCGGGGUCCGGAGGGGUUGGCGCGGCUGCUGUACCUCGCCGCCCUGCUCGUCGCCAGGACGUGGGAAGCCCGCCUGCACCCCAAGCAAGAGACUUUGGUGAAACAUCUGCCAUCCUAUGAAAUAGUGACACCUAUGCGGGUGAAUGAAUUUGGAGAAACUUUUCCUCAUACUCACCACUUCAAAAGGAGGAAAAGGAGCAUGGAGACAGGUGUGGAACCCACCCCUUUCAGGACUCACUAUCGCCUCAGUGCCUAUGGACAGGUAUUCCAGCUGAAUCUGAGUGCUGACACCAGCUUCAUCGCUCCUCGCUAUAUUGAAGUACAUGUGGGGGCCACUGAAAGGCCGCCCCCCUCAGAUUUGCGCCACUGCUUCUACCGUGGGCAUGUUAAUGCACAGGAAAUGCACACAGCAAUCUUCAGCAUUUGUGGAGGCUUGAUGGGCACAUUUAAGUCCCAUGAUGGUGAAUACUUUUUGGAACCUUUGAUGACAGCAGCUGAAGAUGAACAAGAAGAUGACCAUAAUAAACCACAUCUAAUCUAUAAACAUGAAGAAUUUAAGAAAGAUUCUUAUCAGAAUUCCUAUAAACCUUGUGAAACUUCAGAAGAGCCAAAGAAAAGCACUUUACUAUUUCCAUAUGAGAGCAGCUUAAUGAAAGACAUAAAUGUACUUCAGGAGCACACAGUUGUAGAAUAUGCUUCUAAAAACCUUUCUGUCGAGAGUGAUAGAAACAAUCCACAUUCCCGGAGGAAACGUUUCCUUUCCUAUCCAAGAUACGUAGAGGUGAUGGUUACGGCUGAUGCCAGAAUGGUUCAGCACCAUGGACGGAACUUGCAGCACUAUGUAUUAACGCUAAUGUCAAUAGUUGCUACAAUCUACAAAGAUUCAAGUAUAGGAAAUCAAAUAAAUAUUAUGAUUGUAAAAUUAAUUGUAGUUCACAAUGAACAGGAAGGACCAGCUAUCAGUUUUAAUGCAGCUACCACUCUUCGCAACUUCUGUUUAUGGCAGCAAACACAAAACAUUAUGGAUGAUGCUCAUCCUUCUCACCACGAUACUGCAGUUCUUAUCACUAGGGAAGAUAUCUGCAGAGCUAGAGAAAAAUGUGACACCUUAGGUUUAGCUGAACUGGGUACAAUGUGUGACCCACUGCGUAGCUGUUCCAUCAGUGAGGAAAAUGGAUUAAGUGCUGCAUUCACAAUAGCGCAUGAACUUGGACACGUGUUUAAUGUUCCCCAUGAUGAUAGCUUUAAAUGUAAAGAAGUUGGGAUAAAACAUCAAUAUCACGUAAUGGCCCCGACUUUAAACUACCAUUCAAACCCAUGGACCUGGUCAAAAUGCAGUGAGAAGUACAUUACUGAAUUUCUUGACACUGGCUACGGGGAUUGCCUUCUUGACAAACCAAAUGGAAGAAUCUAUGACUUUCAAUCUCAGUUGCCUGGUUCCCUGUAUGAUGUGAACAAGCAGUGUGAGCUUAUGUUUGGACCUGGGUCACAAGUAUGUCCUUACAUGAAACAAUGCAAACGUUUGUGGUGUACAAGCGCAGAAGGCAUUCAUAAGGGUUGCCGUACGCAGCACAUGCCUUUGGCUGAUGGAACAGAAUGUGGCCUUGGAAUGCAUUGCCGACAUGGGAUUUGUGUAAGCAAAGAAAAGGAAAAGCUCCCUGUCGAUGGAGAAUGGGGAUCCUGGGGACCUUACAGUUCAUGUACCAGAACAUGUGGAGGUGGCAUCAAAAGCACAACCAGACUGUGUAAUCGGCCAGAGCCAAAACAUGGAGGACAAUACUGCGUUGGCCGCAGGAUGAAAUUUCGAUCAUGUAAUACCGAUUCAUGUCCCAAAGGCAGGAAAGAUUUCCGGGAGCAGCAGUGCUCCGAGUUUGAUGGUAAACAUUUCAACAUCAACGGGCUGACAUCUACCGUGCGCUGGCUUCCAAAAUAUAGUGGCAUUUCUACGAAGGAUCGCUGUAAGCUUUUUUGCCGUGUUUCUGGCACAACAUCCUACUAUCAGCUGAAAGACAGGGUCAUUGAUGGUACUCCAUGUGGAACAGACACUCAUGAUAUAUGUGUGCAAGGCUUAUGCAGGCAAGCAGGCUGUGAUCAUGUGUUAAACUCUAAGGCAAGACGAGAUAAAUGUGGAAUCUGUGGUGGUGAUGAUUCUUCAUGUAGAACUCUUUCAGGAACUUUCAAUAGUGCUCAUUAUGGCUAUAACAUUGUAGUAAAAAUUCCCAUAGGAGCAACGAACCUUGACAUACAUCAGCACAGCUAUUCAGGGAAGCCAGAAGAUGACAACUAUCUUGCAUUAUCCAACACUCAGGGGCAUUUUUUCCUGAAUGGAAAUUUUGUUGUGAGCUUGUCUAAAAAAGAAAUCAGUAUGUACGGAACUAAUUUUGAGUACAGUGGGUCAAACAACACAGUGGAGCGAAUAAACAGCACUGGACGGCUUGAAGAGGAGAUUCUUUUGCAGGUGUUGUGCGUAGGGAAUUUAUACAACCCCGACAUUCGCUAUUCAUUCAAUGUUCCUGUAGAAGGCGGCCAUGAUCUGUUUAUAUGGGACCCCUAUGGGCUUUGGCAAGACUGCAGCAAAAUGUGUCAAGGUCUUCACAGGAGGAGAGUUACAUGCAUACAAAGGAGUGAUCACUUGGUGGUCUCUGACCAAAGAUGUGAGCAUAUAACCCGUCCCACAGCUGUAACAGAACAGUGUAAUACAGAAUGUGAAUUAAGGUGGCAUAACACUGGCAAAAGUGAGUGUUCAACUCGGUGUGGCCCAGGGUUUCGAUCUUUAGACAUCCACUGUAUGAAGUACUCUGUUUCAAAGGGACUGAGUGUUCCAGUGGAUGAUAAAUACUGUGCUGAUCAACAGAAACCACCAAUCCGAGAGCCCUGUCAUGGAGACUGUCUUCUAACAAGCUGGCAUUACACAGGAUGGUCAGAGUGUUCAAGGAGUUGUGGACGAGGUGCGAGAACCAGAGAAGCUUUUUGUAUGAACAACUUUGGCCGCCGGCUGGCAGAUAGAGAGUGCCACAAACUUCCAAAGAUUAUUACGGAGAGCUGCAAUGAGUUCUUGUGCCCCAGCUGGACCACUAGUGAUUGGAGCGAGUGUCCUGUGACUUGUGGGAAGGGAAUGAGGCGUCGACAAGUAUGGUGUCAACUGAAUGACGAACAACUGGAAAAUGUUUUCUGCAAUCCAAAUUCUAUGCCACAUUCAGUGACAGCAUGUGAACUUAAUGAAUGUGCAGCUUGGCAAGUGGGACCCUGGGGAGCAUGCUCUGUUACAUGUGGGCAUGGAUAUCAUGUGCGUGCAGUCAAAUGUGUUGCUGGCAUUUAUGGAACUAUUUUGGAUGAUAACAGAGAGUGCAGCGCUGCAACUCGUCCAAGGGACAGCCAAGAAUGUGAAAUGGCUUCUUGUCCAGAGACUGUCAAGCUGUGGCCAACAUCACUUCCUGUGAUCCAGCCUGAUAAAGCGGCUCAGUGGAGAUACGGAUCAUGGACUCCAUGUUCCUCAUCUUGUGGAAAGGGGAACCGCGCUCGUUACGUAAGCUGCCGGGAUGGUGACGGCAGAGUAGCAGAAGAAUCAUUUUGUGCGCAUUUGCCACGACCUGAAGAACUUUCAAGCUGCUUUAGUCCCUGUGGUGUUUGGCAGUCUGGAAGCUGGUCACCUUGCACAGUUACAUGUGGUAAUGGAAUAGUAACAAGGCAAGUUGUCUGUGUCAACCACCAUCAACAAAUUGAUGAGAAUUACUGUGAUCCCGAAGGCCACCCUGCAAAAGAACAAGAAUGUAACAUGCCACCCUGCCAGCCAGUUUAUCACCACAAUCCGGAUACACGUGAACAUCCAAACCACCAGGAUUAUCCUCCAAUACACAAGGUCCAUCAUUCACAUGACAAUGUAAACUCAAGGAAUCACCACUCUCCUCAAGGAAACCAGUGGAGAACAGGACCAUGGGGAGCAUGCUCAAGUACUUGUGCUGGUGGAUUUCACCGCCGGGUCGUGGUGUGCCAAGAUGAGGAAGGAAGAAGUGCUAGCUUCUGUGAUGAAGCACUGAAACCACCUGACUCCAGCCAUUGCGAUUCUGGUCCCUGUCCAAGAUGGAACUAUGGGGACUGGGGAGAAUGUACUCAGACUUGUGGCGAUGGAAUAAAGACACGACUGGUGAUCUGUCAGCUUGCAAAUGGCCAAGUGCUGAAUGAUCAAAACUGUGAAAUGCUAGAGAAACCACCUGAAACAGCACAGUGUGAUAUACAUGCAUGUCCUGUUGAAGUUUCAUGGCAUCGUGGACCAUGGAAAUCGUGCUCUGUAUCCUGCGGGAAGGGUGUAAAGGAUCGCGACAUAUAUUGCGUUAACAACUUCCAAAUUAAACUAGGGGAUAAUGUGUGCCAGCAUUUAAAGAAGCCUCGAACCCACAAAGUUUGCAGAGCUUCCCGAUGUCCUGGAUGGAAGGCCAACAGGUGGAAUGAGUGUUCCGUGACCUGUGGAGAGGGAGUUCAACAUCGGGAUGUUUACUGUAGGUUGAGAGGCAGCGGUAGAGUUGAUGAAGCGCUGUGUAAUUAUCUGAUGCAACCACCUAGUAAGAGGCCUUGUUGGCUGCCUGCCUGUGUACAGUAUUACUGGCUGACUGACGAAUGGCAAGAUUGUUCUUCGUCAUGUCAAAAAAGGGAAACGUACCGCAAGGUGAGGUGCGUGGAUGAAAACGGGAUCCAAGUAAACGAAAGUCUCUGUGAUCCUGGCGCGAAACCUCCAUCCAGCAAGAAAUGCAAACUGGCUUCCUGUAAAUAUAUUGUCAUUACAGUUGACACCUCACAGUGUCCCGCUGGUUGUUAUCUUGAGAACCAGCAGAAGACCUCAUACUGUGUAGAAGCCCACAAUGCCUGGAGCAGCCAUACCAACAACCUUCGAACAAUAGCAUACAGAAAUUGCCCACUGGCUCAGUCACCAUUGAUGAAUAGAUGUAAUGUUGCGGUGUGUGCACUUGCGGCAUCAUGGAAUGUGGGGAAGUGGAGUCAGUGUUCAGCGCCUUGUGGAAAGGGGACAGCAGGAAGAAGAGUAGAAUGCAUGACCCAAAGUGGUUCACCCAGUGACUUGUGUCUGUCACAUUUGAAACCUGCUGCUAGAAGGAUUUGCCAUGCAAAAGACUGUGAGAUGGUAACCAGCUGCAAAGAAAUCCAGAUCAGAAAAAAGAUGAGAAAGGAUGGGGAAUAUUUGCUAAACAUUAAAGGAAGAAAGAUAAAGAUUUUUUGUUCAGACAUGUGGCUAGAGGAUCCCAAAGAAUAUCUAACACUGGCUAAAGGGGAAGCAGAUAACUUUUCAGAAGUAUAUGGAUAUAGGCUGCAAAAUCCAUACGAGUGUCCUUUUAAUGGAAGCAGACGGCAAGAUUGCUUGUGCAGAGAUGACUACCCUGCAGCUGGCUACACCAUUUUUAGGAAAAUAAGAAUUGACCUCAGUUCUUUGGAGAUUAAAACCACCGACUUCCGUUUUGCUCACACUAUACUUGGGAAGCCCGUUCCUUUUGCCACGGCUGGAGACUGUUACAGUGCUGCUCGAUGCCCACAGGGGCAGUUUGGCAUCAAUCUGGCAGGCACUGGGCUGAGGCUAUCCCCUACGGCAAAGUGGAUCGCUCAGGGAAAUUACGUUACAGUUCAGAUACACAAAUCUCAAGAUGAUACUAAGAUAUACGGAAGAUGUGGAGGAUUAUGUGGGAAAUGCAUUCCUAAUGGAAACACUGGUCUCCAACUUCAAAUAAACUAGAGAGAGAGAAGGAGGAGGAGGAGAAGUCCUUAAGAAUUAUAUUGAAGGUGCUGUUAUUUCCUCAAUCCUUUCAACUCUGCAAUGUUCGUUUACUCCGAAUUCCUUCUCCUCCUCCUAUGUUAAUUGGAAACUCUGCUUCUUGCCACACCCGCAACCUCUGCCACAGGUUGCUGGGCACAUUCUUAAGGCCAUUUUGCCCCUUUAAAAGGAGAACGGACCCCUUGGUGUUUUAUGCGCACACCUAAAACUGCGACAAGUGACAUGAACAUGGCAAACGUGAUUACAAAUGCACUUAGCAUAUAAAUACAUUUCUCUGAGACCUGGGGUUUCUUGCAGCUCCCUAGCACUCUGAACACACUGGCUGAAUGUAUAGUGAAUGUACAUGGGGACGUAGCCGGCUCCAUCCUGGGCAUGUUUAUUUAACAGUCUGUAUCCUGCUCUGCUGGGGCUUGGGACCUGCAGAGAAAAUGGUAACGAAUAGCAGAGUCUCAGCAAGGUGACUGCGGAACUUUUUUGUGGGGUAUGGCCCCUUCAUUGCAAAUUUAGGGGGGGGGCUGGCUCCCCAGCCCCCACCACUUGGUGCUGAUGGAAGAGCCACAACUUCAAGCCAAUCCAGUGUACAGAAGACUUCCCUUAAGUGUGACACUGGGGCAUCAUCUGAAUCAGAGUCUUCCUCGGGGCAACACUGGGACUCUGAGGCAAGGUCCUGUAUGCAAACCAACCUUGCAAAAAAGUAAAGUCCCAACCUGCAUGUUCAGGCCCUCUCUACGCAGUUUGUACGCACAUAGAAACCAAACACAUGGAGGCCAGGGAGGUGGGGCUUGCUACUACGAUUCCAUUAGAAUCAUAGAAUCGUAGAGUUGGAAGGGACCCUGAGGAUCAUCUAGUCCAACCCCCCUGCAUUGCAAGAAUAUGCAGCUGUCCCAUACGGGUAUUGAACCUGCAACCAUGAUGUUAUCGGCACAACGCUCUCACCAGCCAAGCUACUAUACAUGUGAUCGCCCUGUGGAGGCGUUCCCCUUGUGCACAUUUCACUUGCACAAGAGCAUUCUCGCCCGACCCCCUGGCAAAAAGAAGAAGAGAACCUGAACUGGCUUUUUGUAAAGUUGUUUAUUAAAUGAAUAAGUUAAGGUCCUUACUACUGUACAAAACAAAGAGUUCACAUUUGCUAAGCUGGCUUGUUAGAAAGCAUGGAAGGUGUUGAAAUGUACAAUGUCCAGCAUAAUCCUAAAUAUAUUUAACCAUAUUUAAAUCCCUCUAGGUUCACUGGGACUUACUCUCUAGUCAGUUGGUUUAGCAUGGCAACUGAUCAGAUUUGCAAAACCCUGCUAGGGAUUAUAUUUGCCCCCAGAUCUAUCUCAGAGAGGUGCAUAUCAAUCUACUUUCUGCUGAUACAGUUCCUGUAGCUUUCCUCAUUGUGCCCUGUCCUCUUUUCACAUCACACUUUUGGUACUUACACAGACGCAGCAGCUUGGCUUCAGAAAUCUCCUUGGCACAUGCUUAGCAACGUUAAUGUCUAUUGUGGCUAAAAGCAAGUAAUCACAUAAAGGAAACCAGCAUAGUUCUGAACCUAAUGUUAGCGAUCCUACCUCUCAUCUAUGUACUAUGAAAACACUUAAUUUUGUAUGUUAUAGGGUUUUUUUAUUCUGUUUUGUGUGUACACACAUACACACACAGAAAUAUACAAUGACUGCCCAAAUACUUAAAAAUGAAUGCCCAUACUAUAUGUUAAUGAAAACCUCUGUUGGAUCAUUGAAACUCUCAUGCAAGAAGCUAUGUAGGAAGUAGAGCUCAUUGCCUUUAGGGAGAUCUAGUUUAGAUUUCUAGUGCUCCUAGUGGUCCUCGUUCAGAUGUCCUGCUUUUUUUCCACAUCAGGAAGUCAUUGUUCUGAGUUUUGUCUUUAUGAAGUGUUCUGGUUGUUGGACUUGCCAGAAACCCCAAAUAUUAAUAUUACAUUGAAUUUAGACACUAUUUCAUAACAAGUUCUCAGGUAUUUGGAAUGUAUAGCAUAUAUAGUACCAUUCUAUUUCCUUUGUGAUGCCUACUGUUGAAGGCAAAUACCAGCUAAAGGUACAAUCCUCAUUCCAUUCAAGCCUGUGACAAACACCCCAUUCAUCUUAAUGGAUCAGCAUUGCAACCUAGACAAUUAAACCAAAUACCGUCAACUGCCAGUAAAGCAUUGGUAGAGGGAAAAAUGGCAGCUAUACUAAUAUCACCCACAAAGAUAUUUAAAAUAAGGGCUAAGUCAUACCACGGGAUUUUGAGCAGUUAACUGCCUUUGAGCUAACACAUAUAGAUAACUAUUUUGGGACCUCUGUAUCAGAAAAGUAUUUUUUUUGCACUAUGUGCCUUAUUCUAGUUGUAAACAUGAAAACUGUAACAUUAUUUUCCUAGAAAUGUUUACAUUUACAAUACCUAUGUUAUAAAUUAUAUAAAAAAACUUUAUGUAAUAAAUAUGCCAUGUGAUCACUGCUUAAAU